UCACUGAGCAGCAGCGGCGCUGUGUUUGUUUGUGUUAGCUGUAGAGGAGUUAGCUUUUAGCAUCGAGGGUCAGAGGUCAUCAUGGUCAAACAGACACGGAGAGCAACCAGGUGUUUCCUACCUGCUGCAGGCGGCAGCGUAGCGAAGGUUCGAUUUCCUGUCAGUCCUGGGAGGAGGCCUCCUCCUCCUCCUCCUCCUCCUCCUCCUCCUCUGCAAGUUCCCGGGUCAGGAGGUUCUGACAGCCGGCUGCGCUGCAGCACCGCCGCCGCCGCAGAGGAAAACAUAGGAAUAGAUGAGCGGAGCCACGCAGGAGACCAGGGUUCUGAUGGAGGUUCUGGAGAGACUGAAUCAAAGAGAGCAAGGCAGGACAGCUACAGAGUGUUGGAUCACUGAAGGUCACCAUCCAGCGGAGCAGCGAGAGCCGAGAGUUUGGAGCCACAGAGCGACAGACAGGUGGACUUCACUGUCACGUGUGUAACCUCACCUGUCGCUCUCCUCAGGUGUUCCAGGAGCACAUGUCAGGACAAGACCACCUGAGGAAACUACAGGAGCUCACACACAGCAUCUACCUGAACACACACUCCCUGCUGGACAGGGGGCGGCGGCCUCAGACCCAGCGUUGGUGUGACACCUGUCAGGUCCACUUCACAGGUGAGGUCAUCGUCCACCGACGCUCCCAACAGCACAAGGUGUCAAAGAAGCUGGGUCGGCCCUUCUGUCCGGUGUGUAAACGUAACUUCAGGACCCCCAGGAAGUUUGUGGAGCACAUGAAGUCUGCAGAACACAAAGAGCAGGUGCAGCUGGAGGAGGCUCAGGAGGAGGAGCUGAUCACAGUGGAUGCAGUCGGCUGCUUCGAGGAGGAGGAGGAGGAGGAGGAGGUUGAAGUGGCUGAUGAAGAGGAACCAGAGCAGAGUGAAGGAACGCCUCCUGAGCCAAUCGAGACGAAGGAGCCCGAUGAAGAGGAGGAGCCCGAUGAAGAGGAGGAGCCCGAUGAAGAGGAGGAGCCCGAUGAAGAGGAGGACGACCUUCAUGGAAGUAGUUUUGUGGUUCCUGUUUGUGGCUUCCUGUGUCGACUCUGUAACAAGUUCUUCUACAGAGAAGCUACAGCUCGACACACACACUGCAGGACACACACACACCGCCUCCACCUGCAGAACCACAGAGCUCAGAAGAGAAGACGAGAAGAAGAAGAGGACGAAGGUGAGGGCAGAUCCGCUCCGACCUGACCUGGUAACAUCGUUUCCCGCAGAGCUAGACCCACCUGCUGCAGCUGGACCAAACUGAUCCAAACAGGAAGUCAGGAUCAGGCUGAGCCCUGGUGGCGGCUGGAGGAACCGCAUGAAGCUGAAGGAGCUGAAUUAAAGACUUUUUAUUGUUUGUUGAAGUUGUGGCAGCUACCUUUAACUGUCCCAGUUGUUAAUGAGAUAUUUUGCUAACAGACAAACUUGCAGAAACGUUAUUGCCUUUAGCAGCAGGUGUUUAAAAUGUGCAGAACAAAAUAAAAGUAUCAUUGAAAAAAUAAACAUCUUGUUGGAGUUAAAAUCAUAUUUUCUGUUAAACUGAUAUAAAUCAUCUUAAACCACAAA